AUGUCGAAGCGCUCGAAGCUCGAGGGUUUCAGCAUCCCGCGGCCCACCUCCUACAACUCCGAGCGCUCGCAGCCCGUGCAGCGGCUCUACCGUCCGACCGAUGACCCGGACCUCGACGACAACUCCUUCUCCGACGACGCCCCCUCAGAUGCCCCCGCCAGCACCGCGGUGGAAGGAAAGGCGGAGGAUGAGGAGGAGAUCGAUCCGCUCGACGCCUUCAUGGCCGAGAUCCAGGAGGAGAUCCGCGCGCCUCCCCCGCCGCUCAAGCCCGAGGCGCUUCGCCGCGCGGACUCCGACGAUGACGAGGAUGAUCCCGUCGAGAGCUUCCUGCGGGCUAAGAAGGACGCCGGUCUCACGCUGGCCGCCGACGCCAUGCGCGCUGGUUACGACUCCGACGAGGAGGUCUAUGCCGCUGCCAAGGCCGUCGACGCCGGCAUGAUGGAAUAUGACUCCGAUGACAACCCCAUAGUCGUCGACAAGAAGAAAAUAGAGCCCAUACCAGCACUCGAUCACUCGACCAUUGAGUAUGACGCCUUCACCAAAGAUUUCUACGAGGAGAAGCCGUCGAUUUCAGGUAUGAGUGACCAAGAGGAUUGUGGGUUUCCUGUACCGCUAAUGAAUGCUAUUGCCAAGCAAGCUUAUGAAAAACCAACUACAAUUCAGUGCCAGGCUUUACCUAUUGUACUUUCAGGCAGAGAUAUCAUUGGUAUUGCAAAAACUGGUUCGGGCAAAACUGCAGCUUUUGUGCUCCCUAUGAUUGUUCAUAUUAUGGAUCAGCCUGAGCUUGAGAAAGAAGAAGGUCCAAUAGGAGUCAUUUGUGCUCCAACAAGAGAAUUGGCACAUCAGAUAUAUCUCGAAGCUAAGAAGUUUGCAAAGCCUUACAACCUUCGAGUUGCUGCUGUAUAUGGUGGUGUUUCCAAAUUUGACCAGUUUAAAGAACUGAAAGCAGGCUGUGAAGUAGUCAUUGCAACUCCAGGGAGAUUAAUAGACUUGCUGAAGAUGAAGGCAUUGAAGAUGUUCAGGGCAACUUAUCUGGUUCUUGAUGAAGCUGAUCGCAUGUUCGAUCUUGGAUUUGAGCCACAAAUACGAUCCAUUGUUGGUCAAAUUAGACCAGAUCGACAAACCUUACUUUUUUCUGCAACAAUGCCAUACAAAGUAGAGCGUUUGGCAAGAGAAAUAUUGACUGAUCCUAUUAGAGUUACAGUUGGUCAAGUUGGCGGUGCUAAUGAAGACAUUAAACAAGUUGUUAAUGUACUCCCUUCUGAUGUUGAGAAAAUGCCUUGGCUUUUGGAGAAAUUGCCUGGAAUGAUUGAUGAUGGAGAUGUUCUUGUAUUCGCAUCUAAGAAGGCUAGAGUGGAUGAGAUGGAGAAAGAGUUGAAUCAGAGAGGAUUCAGAAUUGCAGCACUUCAUGGUGACAAGGAUCAAGCUUCUCGUAUGGAGACCCUGCAGAAGUUCAAAUCUGGGACAUAUCAUGUUCUGGUUGCAACUGAUGUUGCUGCACGAGGUCUUGACAUCAAAUCGAUUAAAACAGUUGUCAACUUUGAUAUCGCAAAAGAAAUGGAUAUGCAUAUUCACCGAAUUGGAAGAACUGGUCGUGCUGGUGAUAAAGAUGGCACUGCAUACACUCUGAUUACACAGAAGGAAGCACGCUUUGCUGGUGAACUGGUUCACAGUUUGAUUGCUGCUGGCCAGGAUGUACCCAAUGAACUCAUGGAUCUGGCUAUGAAGGAUGGAAGAUUCAGAGCAAAACGGGACUCCAGGAAAGGUGGGAAGAAAGGUGGCAAAGGAAAAGGUGGCGGUGGAGGUGCUGGGCGUGGUCGUGGUGUGCGUGGAGUUGAUUUUGGCCUCGGCAUAGGUUACAAUGCUGAAUCUGGUUCGCAAGUGUCUGCUCCAAGAUCUGCUGCUGUAAAUUCGCUGAAGACAGGAAUGAUGCAGCAAUUUAAGAGCAGCUUUGUCUCUGGAUCUUCAAAUACUCCAAGCAGCAGUGCACCUUCCUUUGUAAGACCAGCACUCCGUGGCUUUGUGUCUGGCGGCACCAUUGGAGGAGAUGCGCGGCCUGCACAGUCGGCCCCCACUUUCGUCCCUGCAUCCCGGCCUGCAGGAAACAACAAUGAAAAUGGGAACUCAAAUCCAGAAAGUUCACGGGAUCGGUCCAGGGAGAGAAAACGACCAUCAGGUUGGGAUCGCUAG